CAUUUGCCUAUCGACAAUUCAACAGCUAACAUGUCUCAGUGGCAGUGCCUGAAAACUUUCGAGCCAAGUCCGAAUAUGUGGGCAUGUCUUACAUGGGUUAAGCCAGCAAAAAUGGACUUUCAAAAAACUGAUCAUUGGAGUAAACUAAAAACUAAGAGUCGAAGCACAUUUAGCAGUCCGACAUCAAAGAAGAGGAACCCUCUGAGAACAAGUUACAACGAAAGAGCUCGUCAAGGUUUCAAGUAUUGGCCAAUGGACAGACCGAAACCCACUAGUUUUGGAAAAUAUGGAACUGGAUCGUACAAGACAGUACUCGGUCUAGGAAAUGCCCCAAGAACAUAA